GCUGCGCCCCGGCUCCUGGCAGGACCGCGUAGCUCGCGGGAGGACCAUGGCGUCCCCAGCUCUGGCCGCGGCGCUGGCGGUGGCAGCGUCUGAGGGCCCCAACGGGAGCGACGCGGGCGAUUGGGGUAGCGGCGGGGGUGCCAACGCUUCGGGGACUGACUGGGGGCCUCCGCCGGGCCAGUACUCCGCAGGUGCCGUGGCGGGACUGGCAGCCGUGGUGGGUUUCCUCAUCGUUUUCACCGUGGUAGGCAACGUGCUCGUGGUGAUCGCUGUGCUGACCAGCCGAGCGCUGCGUGCCCCGCAGAACCUCUUCCUGGUGUCUCUGGCCUCAGCUGACAUCCUGGUGGCCACACUGGUCAUGCCCUUUUCGCUGGCCAAUGAGCUCAUGGCCUACUGGUACUUCGGGCAAGUGUGGUGUGGUGUGUACCUGGCACUGGACGUGCUCUUCUGCACCUCGUCCAUCGUUCACUUGUGUGCUAUAAGCCUGGACCGCUACUGGUCGGUGACGCAGGCGGUAGAGUACAACCUGAAGCGCACGCCACGCCGUGUCAAGGCCACCAUCGUGGCCGUGUGGCUCAUCUCGGCUGUCAUCUCCUUCCCGCCUCUCGUCUCCUUCUACCGACGGCCCGACGGCGCCGCCUACCCGCAGUGCGGCCUCAACGAUGAGACCUGGUACAUCUUGUCCUCCUGCAUAGGCUCCUUCUUCGCGCCCUGCCUCAUCAUGGGCCUGGUCUAUGCACGCAUCUACCGCGUGGCCAAGCUGCGCACGCGUACGCUCAGCGAGAAGCGUACCCCCUCUGGCCCCGACGGUGCGUCCCCGACCACAGAGAAUGGGCUGGGCAAGGCGGCGGGGGAGAACGGGCAUUGCGCGCCGCCGCGCACCGAUGUUGAGCCAGAUGAGAGCAGCGCAGCAGAGAGGCGGAGGCGCAGGGGCGCGCUGCGCAGAGGAGGACGGCGGAGAGAGGGAGCCGAGGGGGACAUGGGCAGUGCAGACGGACAGGGACCGGGGCUGGCGGCCGAGCAGGGUGCUCGGGCAGCGUCUCGGUCCCCAGGACCUGGCGGGCGCCUGUCACGAGCAAGCUCGCGCUCCGUCGAGUUCUUUCUGUCGCGCCGGCGCCGGGCGCGCAGCAGCGUGUGCCGCCGCAAGGUGGCCCAGGCGCGCGAGAAGCGCUUCACCUUCGUGUUGGCGGUGGUCAUGGGCGUGUUCGUACUAUGCUGGUUCCCCUUCUUCUUUAGCUACAGCCUGUAUGGUAUCUGCCGCGAGGCCUGCCAGUUGCCCGAACCGCUCUUUAAGUUUUUCUUCUGGAUCGGCUACUGCAACAGUUCGCUCAAUCCGGUCAUCUACACCGUCUUCAAUCAGGACUUCAGGCGCUCUUUCAAGCACAUCCUCUUUCGAAGGAGGAGAAGGGGCUUCAGGCAGUGACCCUCAGGCCUCCUGGCACUGACCUCCUGGACAGCUCUGAACUCGGGCAGGCAGAGUUCCAGGAGUGGCCUGGAAUUCAGGGCACAGUGUGGAAUGUAACCAGCAGGAGCUGGGCGAGAGACAACUGGGCCUCGGGGAGUGGGGAGGAGAAAGGGAGACCCCUUUGCCUUCCCAUCUCAGCGAGUGGCUGUGGCUAGGUUGUGGAUCCAGUUCCUGAGAGAGCUUCUGUGGAGUGCGGCUGUGAAGUUAGGGUUUUAGAUGGCAGACAGCUGCAGCAAGAAAGGACCCCCCCCCCCCCGACUCUCAGUGUUCCCUGUCAGCAAGGACUGACUUCCUAUGACCUAAAAAGCGUCUAUCUGGGGGAGGAGAGAGGGUGCAGACAAUCUCCGGUUACUGAGAGUAUUUGUUUGCCAAAAACAAUGACAGCCAAAACAACCAAACCAUUUUCUAAAUAAACCUUUGUA